UUUAGAUAAUAAUAAUAAUAAUAAUAAUAUCUAAAUAUAACAUACAACGUACGUACAAAGCAUAUCUCAAGAGAAAUGAAACUAUUUUUAAUAAUUUUAUCUACUACUGUAGCUUUGGUAAAUGCCAAAUUUGAUAUUCGCACUAAAGACGAUGCUUUGAAGGCUCAUGAAGAAUGCCACAAAGAGUUUAAUGUACCAGAUGAUAUAUAUGAACAAUAUUUGGAUUAUCAAUUUCCCGAGCAUAAACUCACCAACUGCUAUGUAAAAUGUUGGAUCGAAAAAAUGGGUAUUUUUACCGAAAAUCGAGGUUUUAACGAAAAGAAUAUUAUCGCUCAGUAUACGUUUGAAAAUUACAAAAAUUUGGAAUCUGUACGACAUGGCCUUGAGAAAUGUAUCGAUCACAACGAAUGGGAAACAGAUGUCUGCACCUGGGCUAAUCGAGUAUUCUCGUGCUGGCUUAAAGUUAAUCGUCACGUUGUGCGUAAAAUGUUCAAUUAGUUUUGAUGAAAAGAAGAGUUUCGUAAAUAAAAUCAUGGGCAAUAUUUGAUAAUUUAUCAAAAUAUUGUUACAUACAUA